AUGUGUCCGGCUCGCUGUCUUUGUAUACAGAGUCGCUCUCGGAGCCCCUUUAACAAUGGACGGAGGGAGCCGCUCCGCCGGAUGGCGACGGGCGACGAGCGCAGCUCCCGCGGGAUGCCGAGCCUGAGGCUGCUGCUGCUGCUGCUGCUGCAGAUCGGCGUUCGAGGUGGGGCGAUGCCCGGGGAGAUCCCCGAGGUGGAUCUCUUGCUGGCCCGGGGGCUGUAAAGAGAGAAGUGGAGCUGGGCAAACUCCGGGUAAGUGGAGAGGAGGAGGAGGCGGCGGCGGGGCUGCGCGGAGCUCCGAAGAAGGAGGAGAAGGGGACUCUCCAGAGGCAAGCUCGGGCAGCAGACGGAGGAAGCGUGUCAAGCCCUUUGUUGUAGCUUCAUCUGGCGCUGCGCUCUCGCUUUCCACGAGGAGGAGGAAAGUUGGCAGUUGCUGCGGGACGGUCUUGGGCGGGGACGAGGUGGUCGGCGCUCGCUCUUCCCCGCAGCCCUUGUCGAGAGGCCAAGACGUCCUCCGCCUCCUCCGAAGCUCAGCUGGGCGCCCACCGCGCCGCCGCCCUUUAAUGCAACCCCAGGCUCCCCGCUUCCCACCAGGGGGAUCCGACGGGCGCGGCACCAAAAACUCUGAGCUCGAUCUCUCUUGCUCUUGCUAGGAUCCCCUGCGCGCCUCUCUCUCGACGUGCAUUGAGUGGGAUCAGCUGCGUGGCUUCAAGCGCAGCUCCCUCGGCCAGCCUCCCUCCCUGGAAAGAGAGUGGGGAGGGGAUCGCGGAGUUCUCGUAGCUCGGGCGGGGCGGGGUGGGGUGGGUUCCCGGUUGCUUCUAACUGGGCGCAAGCGGCGGCCCUGGAAAAGGGGGUCUGAGCCCGGGCUGCUUCCGCUCCCUCUCCUGUGCAGGCUUCGGUGCUGCUGCUGCUGCCGCCGCCGCCCGCUGCUGA